AGAUUUCUUAAAAUUAUAGCAGAGGUCACUGACCUAGGGAAAAUUCUCUCCCAAAAAGAAAUUUCUCUUAAAGUUUUGAGAGGACUACCCUCAAAAUGGGAUAUGAAGGUUACUGCUAUGAGAGAUAGCAGAGAUCUCAGAAGUCUUUUAACUGUGAAGCUUUUCAGUGAUCUUAAAGCUUAUGAGUUUGAGAUGAAGGAAAUCAAGGAUGAAAAGGAAGAAGAAUCCAAGACACGAGCUUUAGUGUCUGAGCCAAGGAAAUCAAGAUCUACUAAGAAAUCCAUCAACAACCUCCUCACUGAUGAACAAUUUGCAAUGUUUGUGAUGAAGUUCAAAAGAUUCAUGAAAAAGGAGGCACUUACCUCAAAGAAGCCGUACAAUCUGCCAUCCAGGAGACAAGGGAGACCUCAAUCCAGUAAGGACAUUGUCCUAUGCUACAACUAUAGACAACCAGGCAUGGUUGUUAAAAUCGCGAGUUGAAUCGUAAAAUCGUACGAUUUUACGAUUCAACAUCACUAAACCGAUUGAAAUCGCAAACAAAAUCGGAAAUUUUAAAAAUCGUAUAAAAUCGUUUUAAAAUCGUAUACAAUCGCUUAAAAUCGCGAUUGCAUCCGAUUUUACGAUUUUAAAAAUUUAUGUAACACGGGCCAAAUCUCAAGCCAAACGCGGCCCGAAUAACUUUAGCCCGUUUUUGCUUAAAUAGCUG